AUGUCCGGCUCCACCGCCGAUGAGAGUUUUAGUCCUAGCUUGUUCACGAUCAUUCGAGACCAAACCCACAAACUCACAGCAAUCAACAUCACCGUACUCACCACCGCUGUACUCAUCCUCACUACAACCCUCCUCCUCCACCACCUCGCCUCCCGCAACCCAAUCCUCGACGCACACGAACCCCCCGAGAUCCAACCCAGAAUCCCCUACCUCGGCCACUUACUCGGAGCAAUAACCAGCCACACGGCCUACGCCCACCGCAUCUGGACCGCGCACCCUACCAAACCUGUCGUGACGUUCUUCCUCGGACCCAUAAAAUGUUACGCAAUAUUCCAUCCAAACCUUCAACACACCAUCAUCCGAUCCCGCGCCGUCAAGUACGACGAGUACCCGCCGGCCGCCGUCCCCGCCGGCUUCGGCGUCGAUCCGCGCGUCAUGGCCGUGCUCAACCGACCAGAAUUCUCAGGACGGUACAUGCACGAGGCGAGCAGCAUGCUAGGCGGCGCCACGAUGCGCAGCAUGGAGAAGCGCGCGUUUGCCUAUCUCGCAUCCCAGCUCAACAACCUACCCCACACAACCACCACUGCCGAAAGCCUGUACACCUGGCUGCGUGACACGAUGAGCAUGGCAACCGCAGAGGCCCUGUUCGGCGCGCGCAACCCGUACCGCACCCGCGCCGACGGCGACGAGAUGAGCCUGAUACGAGACCAGUGGACGUUUGAAGGCAGCCUCGGCAGGCUGCUGCUGUCGCCAACCUCUGCUGUGGCACGGGCGCUGGCGCCGGCAGGCUGUCGGGCCAGGGACAGGGUGCACGCGGCGCUGGUGGGCUACUACGCGGCGGGGGACGAGGUGCACGGCGCGGCGGAAAUGGUGCAGAGGCGGGCUGGCAUGCUCAGGGAGGCUGGGCUGAGCGCGGCCGAGUUUGGCCCGCACGAGAUCACGGCCAUGCACGGCGCGACCAGCAACACCAUCCCGUCGCUGUUUUGGACCGUGGCCAACGUCUACCUCCGGCCGGGGCUGUUGGAGGAGUUGAGGGUAGAGUUGGAAGGGGUGGUUGAGGUGUUGGAGCAGGAUGCAGUCGAAAGCAAAAAGCGUGUUCGCAUCAAGACUGCCGAUCUGGAAUCCAGCUGCCCACUCCUGGCAAACUGCGUCCGCGAGGCGCUGAGGCUGUCGAGCCAGUGGAUAGGCUGGCGAUCGACACACGCAAAUAUUGAGAUUCCCGCGGACCGGAGCCCCGACGGGAGGCCAUAUCUGCUCAAGAAGGGCGUGCAGGUCAUUAUGCCGGCCGGAAUCACACAUCGGGCACCGUCGUUCUGGUCAACGGCAACAGCAGAAGAACCCGAGUCGUCCAAGCACGGCAGGGACAGUGGCGGCGUGGAAGACUUCAAUCCGCAUCGGUUCACAGCGCAGUCCAAACACAAGAUAAAAUCGACAAAAGGGGGGCUAGGGUAUAUGCCCUUUGGGGGUGGGCCGUACCUCUGUCCUGGGCGUAAUUUUGCAAACGACGAGAUUUUGGGUUUUGUUUCUGCGCUGGUUCUGGGGUUUGACAUCGUGGGGUUGAGACAAGACAAAGUCAAAAUGAGACCGGCGAGGAUUUUUGAGGUGAGUGCGAAGCCAGCCAAGGGAGGCGAUGGUGGCAGGGUAGAGAUACAAAGAAGACGCGACUGGGAGCAUGUGCAUUUUGAGUUUGUAUUUGUCGAAUAG